AUGCCAGGAGAUUUAAAUUUAAAGAAGUCAUGGCAUCCUGGCUUAAUGAAAAACCAGAAAAAGCUCUGGGAACAGGAACAAGAAGCUUUGAGUGAACAUUUAAAGAUUAAGGCAAAAAAUGAAGAAUUAAAAAAAGAAAAAGAAAAACAAGAAUUAAUCAACUUACAAUACGGUGAUGCCAAAGAUAUUCCGAUAGAAGUCAAAAGGGAACUCAAUAACCUUAACUGGAUGUAUGAUGAUUCGAAGUCGAAAAAUAAAUCAAACAGCGAGUUUAAUGACAUGGAUGAUGAGUUCUUGUUAGGUAAGAGAAAAGUCGAAAAUAUGCUUAGCGGAAAUAAGUAUAUCGACACUCAAGAGACAAGCAGGUUUGAAGAAGCAAUAAGCGCUUCUAACAAUGGUCCCAAGAAUAUUGAGAAUGAUCCUCUAUUAAGGAUAAAAAAUGAACAGUUAAAGAAAUACCAGGCCGCAAAAGACUCAAAUAGACAUAGUUCGAAAGAUAGACAUAGUUCGAAAGAUAGACAUAGUUCGAAAGACAGGCAUCGGUCUAGAGAUAGAUCUCCCAAAAGGCAUUCUUCGAAGCAUAAACUUGCUAAUGACAAAAUUUCAAAGCUGAAUCAUUCAAAUCACAGACACUCGAAAUCAGAAAGGUCAAAACUGAAUAGUUCACGUCAUCAUUCAAGAGAAAAGGAUUCCAAUACCACUGAAUUGAACGAUUAUAGACAUUCAUCUCAAAGAGACAACACGAAAAAUUCAAAUCAAUUCGUAGCCUACUAA